AAGUAGUAGUAUCGCCAGUGCAACCGGAAGUACUAAAGAUACCCGGCCAACUUGGACGUGGCGAUAAAUAAAUUAAUCAAAAUGUUUACAUUAAAACAUAUACGUGGAUAUUUUCUUCAGUAAUCUAAAUAUAACAAGCGUAGAAAGAAAGAUAAUUUGGAUCAGGAUUUCGGCAGCAAAUUAAAGGUUGAUUGAUAACUCUUACAAUGGCAGAUUUAGGAGAGAGUCCAACACAUUCACCCCCAGGGGCUGUUCAACAGUUUUUUAGAAGAGUAGGAGAGACAAAACAAAACCUUCUGGACAAGGCCACACCAUACACUGCUUUCAGAUGGACCUGUACAAUUGUUUUAUUUCUAAUAUAUGGACUCAGAGUUUAUUUACUACAGGGCUGGUAUAUAGUCACAUAUGCCUUGGGGAUUUUUCAGCUAAAUCAGUUUAUUGCCUUUUUAACACCCAAAGUUGAUCCAGCUUUUCAGGAGCAAGAUGAUGAUGAGGAUGGUCCAUCUCUCCCAACAAAGUCAAAUGAAGAAUUCAGACCUUUUAUGAGGAGAUUACCAGAAUUCAAGUUUUGGUAUAGUGCAAGUAAGGCGGUUGUCGUGGCAAUGAUAUGCACAUUUUUUGAAGCCCUGAAUAUUCCAGUUUUCUGGCCUAUUUUAGUUAUGUACUUCAUCAUCCUGUUUGUGAUAACCAUGAAGCGGCAAAUUAGGGUAAGAAAUGAAUACAUAAAGAUAAAAUAUGCUUGGUUUGCAGAAAUUUAUAAUUCUGAUGCGUCUCUGUUAAGUAAAGUAAACACUUGGGAGAUUGCUUUCAUUCCAUGUACUCAGGUGAAAAUAGGCUCAAAUUAUUCAAGGGUAAGGGACGAGAUCAAAAGAUCAAUGUCGGAGAAAAAUAUAAAUUCAAAUAGUUAGGGGGAGGGGGAUAAAAUCUCAUGUAAGUUUCUGUCUUCCGACAUCAAUUACACUUUUAUAGAGGAAAAGAAAAAAAACAAACAACUGUUAAAAACCAUAUAAUGAUAUUACAUUUUAAUGAACAUUUAAUAGUUUUAAUGACAAUGUAAACGUUCAUUUGUGAAUAACAGUAGAAAAGGUAUACAGAGUGUUAUUUAAAAUAAUGUUUUUACAUGUACUUGUUGAUCGAUUAGGUUCAACAUUCAUCAUAUUUAGUUUUAUUGAUGGGGGAGGUCUCAGUGAAAACUAUGUGAAUUUAGUUUUUUGUCAGAUAUUGAACUUUUGAUAUAGCCCCUAAAGAACUUUCAUAUUUAUUUAAAUAAAGAAACAAUCUUUCAUUGAAAGGGAAAUAAUUUAAUUAGGAUGGUGUGUUUAAAUCAUUUCCUAGAACCACUGGACCAGAAAAGCCAAAACUUGCAUCAAAGACUUUUCAAACAAUUACAAGGGUAUAUUUCUCAAAUUAAGAUGAUUGCACCCUCUUGUAGUUUAGAUUCAAGUUUGGGCAAACAUGCCACCCUGUGGCUAGAGCAGGGCAACGGUAAGGAUUUAAUUACAAAGAAUGUAGAAAAUUCUUUACUGGAUAUAGAUUUUCUCAAGAGGAUACAAUAUUUCAAAUUAGUAAGCUAACAUUCUCGUAUUGUUUAGAUCCAUGGUUAGAUGCAAGAUAUAGAUGUAACACACUAUGACUCCCUGGUCCAUGGUGGGGCUAUGAUGAGAGUUGUUUAGUUGAAUGAUGGCCCAUGGGCCUCAUUUUUUCAUAAUAUACAAAGAAUAUGUUUUAAACAAUUAGGACAGCAAGACAUCUGAGAGAAGGGUUUUAUUCCAUAACUGUUUUUUCACUUUGUCAUAGUUGUUACAUAUCAAGCAUGGUUAACAGGCAUUUCCCAAGAGAGUAACUAUAAAAGAAGUAACUCAGAAUUUCAUUCUGAAUAUACACAAAAAUAAAGUGUUGAUAAUGUCUGUAGAUUUUGUUAGUAAACUCGGUGGAAUUCCCAACUACCGCUAUUCAAAUAAUAGUAUACCAAAAGGGAGAAUAUCCAUGUUGGAUUCUGAUAAAAAAUCUUGUAUAUUCAAAUGUUCAUUUUUAUUUUUUUUUCAGCAUAUGAUUAAGUACCGUUAUGUACCAUUUUCUCACGGAAAGCGCCGAUACCAAGGGAAAGAGGACAGUGGAAAAGUGGUAUCAUAAUGACUUUAUCUCUGUUGUAUAUAAAGUGUAGUGGACGGACUGUCAUUCACUAAUGACUGUAAACAAUUUCAUAAGGUUUUUUUUUCCUGUUUAAAUGCCAUUGAGUGAAUGCUACAUUGUGUGAGGGAAGAAAUAAAACUGUAUUUAUAUUGGAAA